AUGAGCGUGCCCCACUGUGUUGAAGCCCGUCUGUCCCUUGUGUGCCUGGCAAGAAUCGUGGUCCAAGCACAGGACAACGGGUGGACGGACGAGAGUGCUGUGCAGACCUGGCUGUCCAAGGAGGUGCUGCCCCUUCUGAACCCCCAGCGCGGCCAGAACGCGAGGCGGAACCUGCGGAGGCCGCCGCACCCCGUGGUGCUGCAGUGGAUCGCGAAGGCUUGGGAUCAAGUCCCGAAGCAGAUCAUCAUCGACGCGUUCCGCCACUGUGGGAUCUCAAGCAAGCUGGACGGAACGGAGAACCACCUGGUGAUGUCUCACCUGCGCGCCAGGAGCACCACCGAUGUCUCCGCGAACAUGUCCCUCGGGGGGACCACAGGCGACAACACGCGCCUGCUCGGUCGGGCUCCAGAGGAGGAGGAGGAGGCGAUGCAGGCGGAGGGCGUGCGGGAGGUGGCCGUGGCAACCGGCCUGGAGGUGCUGUACCAGGAGACCCCCAACUACCGCGGGGCGGCGGCCGAGGCUGACCGCAUGAUCGAGCCUAGGGAGACGACUAGGCAUGCCUGGCGAGUGCCAGACCUAGAUGUGGAGCCUGUUGUUAGCGCAGGCGAGGAGGCGGUGACUUAG